CAUUGGCUGAUGCUGAAACCGACGACCUGCCUGUUCUGAAGAACCAAUGAACCGCAGGAGAGCUGGACGUCGCAUCUCUCACUCACAGAGGAGGGGUGCACCAUCAGGAGGACAGUGGAGACAGAUUAACAAAGAUCAGUGGCAAGAUGAAGGUACACCGCAGGUGAGAGAGGUGGUCGGGGAGGCGCAGAGACCCGGACAACAUGGAAGGGAAGCAGCGCCCAGAGGGACCUGCCAGACCAUGUGUCCGGCUCGCGAGCUUCGGAACCGCGAGGCUCAGAACCGCCUCCACCGUUUGGAGAUGUUACCAGGCACAGACAGAGAUCGCCGGCCGAGAGGAGACCCUCUGCGUGCCGUCAAGGAAUACUCCAGACCAGCAGCUGGGAAAGACUCGACAAACCCCGCUGAGCUCCGACCGCCUGCUGUGCUGCUGAAAACUGUGUGUUACCUUAUAGAUGAAAUUACUGCCUCCUCUCAUCAGCAUCCGUGGACUGAGGUGUACAGCUUCGUCUUUGAUCGGCUGCGCAGCGUGAAACAGGACAUGAUCAUCCAGAGGGUGUCUGGGUCGGACUGUGUGGCCAUUUUAGAGCGCACGGUGCGUUUCCUCAUCUACGCUUCCUACCGUCUUUGUGGCGAACCGCUGCGGCUCUACGACCCUCGCAUCAACGACACUCACCUGCAGGAAUACCUGAGUUGGCUGUUAGGCUGCUACGCAACUGGAUCAGAACCACACCCCAACCAGGAAGAGUUCCAGGCUCUCGCUUUGCUGUACAACUUGGGUUCAGUUCGUGCCACGCAGCACAUCUUGGAACUCCCAGAGCGACUCCGCAGCGCUCCAGCCAUCACGCUCGCUCUUUCCAUCAACCAGGCGUUUCUGGAGCGAAACCCCGUCCGUCUGCUCCGGUUGGCUGGCAGGCUGAACUUCCUGCAGACCUGUGCGCUUCACCGUCACCUGGCGGCGUGUCACAGAGAUCUGCUGCUGAUAUACAGCCACGGAUUCAGCAGCCGCAACUGUUGCUUCCCUCUGGAAAGACUUUCUCAGCUCUUGUCUUUGGACACGUUGCUUACAGCUCAACUCUGUCAGACGUACGGAGUCGAGGUCAACCAGGACAAGCAAGUGGUUUUCUCCAAAGCUGCUUUCUCUGAGCCAGAACAAGGAAAACUGCACUGUAAACUGUAUCACAGCAUAGUGUCUGAAAAACAGAAAGACCUGAUUGUUCAGAGCAUCAUUCACGGCUGCGCUUGAGACAGAAAAAGAGUAAAAACAGGGAAAUAGUCUGUUUCUCCUUUCCCCUCCACAGUGGCAUUUGCAGGGAAGGACGCUUAUUGGUAUCAUAUUUCUACUUAGUCUGACUUGCUGGAUGCAAGCUGCAGGUACAAUCCUACCAUUUCAGGUGGCUUUCUCCAUCCGGAUCUACAAUCUACAUGUUAACAUUUUCAUAAACAGUCUCACUACAGCAACAGCCUCCAAGCAAGCAGCCUACCACACUGAAAAUUUUAUGGAGGCUUUAAGGAUAAUGAGGUGCAGCAGGGCUACAAAUAAUACCCUGUUUUUUUUGGUAUUAAUAGAGAAAUUGUCUGGUUUUUCCACAUAGAACUCUCAGUAUAAUAUGGAGGGAAUUGAAAUGUUUUUUCAAAGACACUUCUUGAUAUCAUAUUUGUACUUAGUCUGACACAGAUUGUAGGUAGAAUCCUGCCAUUGGCUGUGAAUUUCAGGUGGCUUUCUCCUCCCUUAUCUACAGUCUAAAUGGUAACAUUUUUAAAAUCCGUCUCACUUCAACAACGAUCUCCAAGUGAGUAAUCUUCCACACUGAAAAUUUAAAGUAUUGUUAAGUAUUUUCUUUUUUUUUUUUGUAGAGUAGUGAGUUGUAGGGAGGCUUCAAGUAAUAUGAUGCUUUUUUUUUUUGGCAUUAAUCGGAAAAUUGUCUGUUAGCUCCACGUAGAACUGACAGUAAAAUAUGCAGGGAGCUGACAUCAGGUUGAAGGACACUUGUGGGCAUCGUGUUUCUACUCACUUGGUCCGACUCAGCAGAUGCAGGCUGACAGUGUGAGUGCCUUUCACACUGCUUUCUCCUCCCCUUCUGCUGUCUAUUGAUUAAACUUGAAAAUCGUUUUUAUUAUGGGAAACCUCAACAACAGACUCCAGAUUAGCAACUUACCGCACUGAACAUUUAAAGUUUUGCUGAGGAUUUGCUAGUUUGUUUGGUUUUUUUAGAUGAAUUAGAAAUUUUGAUCACAGUUCCCUAAUUCCCGCAUGCAAAUGUUACACCAAAACUUUUUUUCCGUCACUAUUUUUAGGGAACAUCAAAAUCCAGCCAUGGACUUAGCACCACAAACAAGAAAUACAAACAAGCCCAGCACUUUAUUUCCCCUACAGCAGAAUGAAAAUGACAUGCAGCAAGACUACAAGUAACGUGAGGGAUUAUUUGGUAUUCGUAGGGAAACAGUUUGCUCCACAGAGAGUUCACUGAAAUUUACAGGGAAUUCAAACCUUAUUCUCGGACACUUGCAAGCAUCAGAUUUCUACUCAUUUAACACAUAUCCGUAAAGCCAAGUUUCUCUUGUUGUCUGAGCCUCAUGGGUACAAAUUAUUUCUCUGGUGCAUAACACAUGUAUGUUUUUAUCAACAAAAUGUAUUUGAUUUUUAAGAAACAUAUCCAGGCUGUUGUCAAGCCGAUGGUCUGCUAGUUACCUGAGCAAAUGUCAACUUACUGUAAUGACUUUAAGAUGUGAAUUACUUUUAUAUCGCUGCCGUUUAUUGGUUAUAUUGAGCCGUUUAAAUAUUCUGUUGAUACCAUGUAAUGUUUUGUGUUGAUUUAUUCUACAGAAAUGCAGUAUUUUGGAAACAUUUCAAUAAAUGUUUGUUACCUCAGA